AUCGACCCAACGCGUCGGUCGCCAUUUUGUUAACGCGCAGGCGCGAAAAAAUAUGCGGACCAAAUGACGUUUGCAAGCCACAGUACCACGAAUUCCGGCCCUGUAUAUAACUGUAAAUAUUCUGCUCUCGAACGGAAUUAAGAUUUUUUUUAUUAUCUACAACAUCUGAAAAUGUUUGCUUGUUGAAGGCGGGCGAAUAGAGAGGCAACAAAAUGAUCGAUCCAAGCUCAUCGGAAGAAGACAGUGAGGAUGAACACAAGAAGCAACCAACGAAACUACCAGUGCCGCCUGGUUCUCUAGUCGGCGGGCGUCCCUCAGUGCGUGGCAAGCCCGAGUUACCACGAGGUUCCACAGCUGGAUUACCAGGUGCAAGUCCACUAACGACAGCACCAUUAGCUGCUCCCCUUCAUCCAGCAACCAGACAAAGAGAGCAAGCAGCGCUCGCCCCACCACCACAUGCAUCGUUCUUGCGCAGGACUUCGACGGGCAGUGCGAGCUCCGGGGAAGCACCAGCACCUUCACCAAGCCCAUCUGGUACCAGUCAUUCCGAUAAAGAUCAAGACCCACAGGAGAAAAUAGAGAAGUUAGAAGAGGACAAAAAGCGUCGCCUGCAACUGUAUGUGUUUGUAUCAAGAUGUAUAGCACAUCCCUUCAACGCGAAACAACCUACAGAUAUGACAAGAAGACAUACAAAACUCACACCACAUCAACUUGAAACUAUCCAGGCUCGAUUCCAGGCAUUCCUGAAAGGUGAAACCCAAAUCUUGGCAGAUGAAGCAUUCCAAAAUGCAGUUCAGUCAUACUACGACGUGUUCCUGAAAUCGGAACGAGUUGAACAGAUGGUGAAAUCCGGCGCCUGUUCUCAUCAUGAUUUCCGUGAAGUUUUUAGAAACAACAUAGAAAAAAGAGUCAGGUCUUUGCCUGAGAUAGAUGGAUUAAGCAAAGAGACAGUACUAACAACUUGGCUUGCUAAAUUGGAUUGCAUCAUGAAAGGAACUGGUAUCCCUGGCGAUGACGAGACCAAAAGACCAUCGCGAGCUCAACAACAGAGCCUCAAUGCGGAGUGCAUACUCAGCAAAGAACAGCUAUACGAUAUGUUCCAGCAAAUAUUAGGAGUUAAGAAAUUUGAGCAUCAACUUCUCUUCAAUGCUUUACUGUUGGAUUCAGCUGAUGAGCAAGCUGCAGCUAUUAGAAGAGAACUUGAUGGAAGAAUGCAAAAAGUUAACGAAAUGGAGAAGAAUCGCAAAUUGAUGCCAAAAUUCGUGCUGAAAGAAAUGGAAUCCCUCUAUAUAGAAGAAUUGAAAUCCUCCAUCAAUCUUUUGAUGGCCAAUUUGGAGUCUCUGCCAGUCUCAAAAGGAGGAGCUGACUCUAAAUACGGUCUACAUAGAAUCAAGCGGUAUAAUCACAGAUCGAAUGCUGGACCAGAUCCGAGUCCAAGGUUGAGUAAGCAGCUGUGUUUCAGAUCGCAAGGCUCUCUAGCGAACAAGCUGACCGGCGAAGGCGAUGGGGGGGACGUCGACACACAACUCACUAAAAUGGAUGUGGUUCUAACUUUCCAAAUUGAGGUGGUAGUUAUGGAAGUAAAAGGUCUGAAGUCUCUGGCGCCGAACAGGAUCGUCUACUGCACUAUGGAAGUAGAGGGAGGUGACAAGUUACAGACUGAUCAAGCUGAAGCCUCAAAACCUAUGUGGGAUACUCAAGGCGACUUCAGCACAACACAGCCUCUGCCAGCUGUGAAGGUAAAACUAUACACCGAAAACCCAGGAGUUCUAGCUCUAGAAGACAAGGAACUAGGCAAGGUUGUUUUGAGACCAACACCUCUUUCGAGUAAGGCCCCAGAAUGGCAUCGUAUGACAGUGCCAAAGAACUUACCCGAUCAAGAUUUGAGGAUCAAAAUUGCAUGUAGAAUGGAUAAGCCUCUGAAUAUGAAGCAUUGCGGAUAUCUCCACGUGAUUGGUAAGAACGUGUGGCGUAAAUGGAAGCGUCGCUACAUGGUGUUGGUACAAGUGAGCCAGUACACCUUUGCGUUGUGCUCGUACAAAGAUAAGAAGUCUGAGCCAGCUGAAAUGAUGCAACUUGAUGGGUUCACUGUAGAUUACAUUGAGCUGGCCAGUGCUCAGCUGAUGGUUGGUCAAGAAUUGGAAGGAGCGAAAUACUUCAUGAACGCGGUUCGUGAUGGAGAGUCUGUUCUUAUGGGAGUGAGUGAUGAGAACGAAUGUCACUUGUGGGUGAUGGCAUUGUACCGUGCGACUGGACAGAGCCACAAACCUACGCCGCCAACUACAUCUGAUACGCAUAUCAAGAUCAUGGGAGACGCUGACAAAGCUCGCAAACACGGCAUGGAAGACUACAUCCAAGCUGAUCCAUGUCAAUUUGAUCAUCAUCAGCUUUUCUGUGUCCUGCAGUCGCUGACACUCAAGUAUCGUCUUCAAGAUCCGUACUGCUCUUUGGGUUGGUUUUCUCCGGGUCAAGUAUUCGUAUUAGACGAGUACUGCGCAAGAUACGGUGUCCGAGGUUGCUAUCGUCAUCUCUGUUAUCUAUCUGAUCUCCUCGAUGUAGCAGAGAGUGGCCAACAAACUGUUGAUCCAACCCUCAUGCAUUACUCGUUCGCGUUCUGCGCCAGUCAUGUCCAUGGAAAUAGGCCCGAUGGCGUGGGCAGCAUCACCGUGCAGGAGAAAGAGAAGUUUGCUGAGAUCAAGGACAGAUUGAAGACACUCCUCCAGCAUCAGAUCACCAACUUUAGAUACGCGUUCCCAUUCGGAAGACCGGAAGGCGCGCUCAAGGCGACUCUAUCAUUACUGGAGCGGGUUCUGAUGAAGGAUGUUGUGACUCCUGUCGCUCCAGAGGAAGUGCGGACAAUGAUCCAGACAAGUCUAGAGAAUGCAGCUCUACUUAAUUACACUCAACUCAGCCAGAAAGCUAAUAUUGAAGAGGACCUAAGAGGAGAAACAAUGGUGACACCAGCAAAGAAAUUAGAAGAUUUGAUCCAUCUAGCAGAAUUAUGUGUUGACCUUCUGCAGCAAAACGAGGAACAUUAUGCCGAGGCAUUCGCAUGGUUCUCUGAGCUGCUGGUGGAACACGCGGAGAUCUUCUGGGCGCUUUUCGGAGUCGAUAUGGACCGCGUGCUGUCGGAACAACCUCCUGAUACCUGGGACUCCUUCCCUCUUUUCCAAAUAUUGAAUGAUUAUUUGAGAAAUGAUGAUAAUCUUAAAGGAGGUAGAUUCCACGAGCACCUACGCGACACUUUUGCCCCAUUGGUUGUGCGAUACGUAGAUCUGAUGGAAUCGUCAAUUGCACAAUCUCUACACAAGGGAUUCGAGAAGGAGCGAUGGGAAAUUAAAGGUAAUGGUUGUUCAACGAGCGAGGAGUUGUUCUGGAAGUUGGACGCGCUGCAAUCCUUCAUCCGCGAUCUGCAUUGGCCGGAGCCCGACUUCCGCUCACACCUGGAGCAGCGGCUCAAGCUCAUGGCAUCAGACAUGAUGGAGACUUGCAUACAGAAGACCGAAGCAUCCUUCCAAUCGUGGCUGAAGAAGAGCGUGACGUUCAUGUCGACUGACUACAUCCUGCCGGCGGAGACUUGUGCGAUGGUGAAUGUGGCGCUGGAUGCAAAGAACCAAGCGCUCAAACUGUGCGCCGUUGAGGGGGUCGAUAUUUACCAGUAUCACGCAAAAAUGGAUGCCCAGAUUGAAGCCUGUCUUUUGGCCAUGUCAACGGGGAUGACAACUCGCCUGUCAGCGGUGCUCGAGGCAACGUUAGCUAAAAUAGCUAGAUUCGAUGAGGGAAGUUUGAUCGGAUCUAUCCUGACGAUAGCGAAUGUGUCUGGAUCUGGCAAAGAUAUCGGUCAGGGGUACGUCAACUUCAUGAGGAAUUCUAUGGAUCAAAUCAGGUCGAAGGUGACAGAUGAGCUGUGGAUCCUGCAGCUGUUCGAGCACUGGUACGGUAUCCAGGUGAACAUGGUGAGCACUUGGCUGGGUGAGCGACCAGCUCUCCAUCCGCAGCAGGUCGCCUGCCUCUCCAUCAUUCUUAAGAAAAUGUACAGCGACUUCGAGCUGCAAGGCGUAAUAGACGACAAGUUGAAUUCCAAAGUAUACCAGAGCGUGGCCGCGAGAAUGCACGCCGAGGAGACCACCUGCAGUCUGCUUCUGGCGCAGCAGGAUGCUGGCAGUGGUGAGGAUGGUGGCUCCGAAGAGGGCUCCAGAAGCGGAAAGUCUAAACUGGAAUCUCUAACAGAAGACGCUAAGUUGGGUAACGUCGGAGCUGUCGUUGGAAAGGUUGGCAACAUGUUCGGUCGCGGCAUUGGGGAACUUUCUACCAAACUUGGCGGAGCUUCGUCUUGGUUUUAGCGCUU